CAAUAUCGGGUCAAACGCGAACCCUCCCAGUUAACCCGUAUUGGCGUCCCCUGCUAAUUGUUCUCGCUCGCACUGAAGUGGCGGCGAACACGCAGGGCUAGCCUGUGGGAGACGUAGCGCGCGGGCCGGAAAGGUAAAGAGAGCUAGAGAGUGAGGGCAAGACGGUGAGCGAGAGAGAAAGGGAGAUCGGCACCCGGUGGCAGCGGCGUCACACUGGAAUUGCAUCUUGACGGCGAGACACCUCCUUUAACGCUCCUUCUGUCGAGCUGUCGCUGAACGACGCUUUUGUAUCUAUAUAAGGAUUUGAGGCCAGCUCUUUCAUACGAAGAAAGAUGGGUAUCAUUGAGAAAAUCAAGGAAAUUGAAGCCGAAAUGGCUCGAACGCAAAAAAAUAAAGCCACAGAGUAUCAUCUUGGACAACUGAAGGCGAAGAUAGCAAAACUAAGAACUCAAUUAUUGGAGCCUCCUAAGGGUUCAAGUGGAGCCGGAGAAGGUUUUGAAGUCACAAAAUUCGGCCAUGGUCGUGUGGCGCUAAUAGGAUUUCCCAGUGUAGGAAAAUCAACUCUUCUUACUCUUUUAACGGGCACACAUUCAGAGGCUGCAUCUUAUGAGUUCACUACGCUUACCUGCAUCCCUGGAAUUAUCAACUACAAUGAUACAAAAAUUCAACUCCUUGAUCUUCCUGGGAUCAUUGAAGGGGCAUCACAAGGCAAGGGACGAGGUAGACAGGUUAUUGCUGUAGCAAAGUCAUCGGACAUUGUGUUGAUGAUUCUUGAUGCAUCCAAAAGUGAGGGACAUCGUCAAAUUUUGACAAGUGAGUUGGAAGCUGUUGGCCUGAGGUUGAACAAGAGGCCACCUCAAAUAUAUUUCAAAAAGAAAAAGACGGGAGGCAUUUCAUUCAACAGUACUUGCGCAUUGACUCAGGUUGAUGAAAAGCUUUGCUACCAGAUUCUCCACGAGUACAAGAUACACAAUGCAGAGGUUCUGUUUCGUGAAGAUGCCUCUGUUGAUGAUCUUAUUGAUGUAAUUGAGGGUAAUCGAAAAUACAUGAAGUGUGUUUAUGUCUAUAACAAGAUUGAUGUCAUCGGUAUAGAUGAUGUAGAUGGACUGGCUCGUCAGCCAAAUUCCGUAGUCAUCAGUUGUAAUUUGAAGCUGAAUUUAGACAGAUUACUCGCAAGGAUGUGGGAGGAAAUGGGGCUUGUGAGAGUUUAUACAAAGCCACAAGGACAGCAACCUGAUUUCUCAGAUCCUGUAGUUCUCUCUACUGACAGAGGUGGCUGCACCGUUGAAGAUUUCUGUAAUCACAUUCACCGCAGUUUGGUUAAAGAUGUGAAAUAUGUGCUUGUUUGGGGGCUGAGUUCAAGGCACUACCCACAGCACUGUGGGCUUUCACAUCCUCUCCAUGAUGAGGAUGUUGUUCAGAUUGUAAAGAAGAAGGAGAAGGAAGAAGGUGGAAGAGGCCGAUUUAAGUCUCAUUCAAAUGCUCCUGCUCGCAUAUCAGACAGAGAGAAGAAGGCUCCUUUGAAACAAUGAUCAUGGCAGACAUUUGAUGCUUUGCUCUCAUGUAUUGUACCAUUUGAUGCUGUCGAAGUAUGCUGAGAAGUCCAUCUGUUAAAUUAGAAUUUAUGAAAAAAUAAUUCUUUAUUAAAAAAUAAUGUUUAUUUUUGGAAAUGUAUUAUUCAUAAUGGAGAGAAUACCAUUUACUUUUGUUUGGGAUUA